ACAUAAUUAAGGGGUUGGCGCGAACCCCAAAGUAAAACAAGCAAAAAAAAAAAAUUAUGUUACAAAAAGGCGCCAACACUCUACUUAAAACCGUGACUCAGUAGAAUUCUUAGUACUUAGCUCAGCAGAUCUUUUGUUCAUUAUUGUUUGAAGAACGUGUUUCGGGUUUAUGAUACGGGAUUAUGACGUAGCAGAUGACUGGCUAUAAAAUCCAAAGAGCUGAAUGUUGGCCUCAUUGCAAGCUGAAUUCAACUGAAAAACACAACAUGGAAAACUUAGCAAUCGACCCAGAGGUGACCGAUCUUAUUUCGCAGUGGAUUGAAGAGGCAACGGCGAGUAAAAAGGUCGAUGAAAUGAAGUGUUUUGCAUGCGGGAAGAMGUUUACACAUCGCARAAGUUUGUUAAGGCAUCAUCGGGAAAGACACAACGACACUACUGAAAAGUUUCCUUGCCCCAACUGCGAGAAGAAAUUUUCGAGGGCAUAUGAUUUGAGAAGGCACGAAAAAAAUUGUAAUGGUGGCUCCUCAAAGAGAAAGCUAAAAGAUAAAGAAAACUCUCUGCCCUUGAAAAAGCAGAAAAUGUCUGACCAAGAGAUAAUUGAAUAUGAGUUGCUCAAUACUCCACCUCAGAUGCUGGAGGAGUACGAUGGGGAGAUCUUGGGAGAUGAAAAAGAGGUAAUUUUUUUUUUCUUAUUGAAUGGAUAAUCAUUUUCAAAACG